UCGAGAUUCAUUCCAAUAUGCUUCGAGCUUUCAUAAACAUUGAACUAAAAUGUAUGUAAAUGUAUUGUUUUUCUUUUUUUCCGUUUGAAUGCUAGUAAUGUUUUUCUUAUUUAUAACUUUUAAGGUGGAUUGUAUUUUGGGACAUACCAACGGGAAGAUGUGAUCGCAAACCAUCGAAGUUGCAAAAGGUCCAAAUGUUUUUCCGUCUAGCUUGGAUUAGGAAGGAAUGUUUUGGUGCAACGCGAGUAGUUAUACUCUCACCUGACCAGAAAUUCCUAGCUUGUGGCUCGGAUGACGGAUAUGUAUUUGUGUAUAACUCUGAAACAGGGUUACCUGUAUGUAACCGAAAGCCACUCUCAAAGCAUAAUGCAGAGGUUCACAAUGUGGUCGUCUCACCAGACAGUAAAUUGAUAGCCUCUUCGUGUCAAAACAGUAUUCUCAAACUAUGGGAGUGUUCUACGGGUUUGGAGCAAUUCUCUGUCUGUUUAGAUGCGGAAGUGAAGGGAAUGUCCUUUUUGCCUGAUUCAAGAAAACUCUUGUUGUACACAGGGACAAACAGAACAAGAGUUUUCUUGUUUUCUGUUGCAAGUGGAAAGAAAGACUUUGUAACAGAAAGCAGAACAUGAGCAAUUGCGUUAAGAGAUUAUUUGCAAUAUAACUUAGAUUUCGUGUGCAAAGAUAUACCAAAUAUAACUCGGUAUUGUCUACAGCCCAGUUUUGCUAUUAAAAAGUAUAGACGAAGCAAUAUUCAAUCAUUAUGUGUACCGG